UGCAGGGCAAGACCCCCGCCAUCUUCGAGACUUUCUCCCUCGCGAGACUGGCGGGAACGGGGAAGAAAAAAAAAAAAAUAAAUAAAUACAAAACUCGAACGGUGUGGUGGCGGUUGACCAGAAACCGCCGAGGGACGCCGCAGAAAACAGUGGCCGUCGCCUCGAUGGUUGGUGCGCCUGCCUUUCCUUUUCCCUGCACACGCGACGCCGCGCCGCGCCGCGCCGGUGAGAUUUGUUUUGCCCGCGUCCGGCAGCGCUUCCUAGCGAGCGAACGCCGAACUAGCUCGCCUUGGGGAGUCGGAACUCAUCUCCUUCCCCCUCUCCUUCAACAACUUCUAAUUCUUUCUUCCUCCUCUCUUUCCGCCGCGUGCCCAGAGUCUUGGGUUGAGGGGAGGGGGGAAAAAGGGGAAAAGAAAAAGUAACAAGAGAACUUCAAGUUUGUGGCCCGGCGGAGUCGGCGAGAAAGUGUGCGUGUGUGUAUGUGUGUUGUUGCUGCCGCUGCUGGCGAAGCGCGCCAUCUUGUGAGCCCCGUGCACUCGCGCGGGGGGGAAAGAAGGUUUUUCCGUGCCGUGUCUCCGCCGCGGACACACGUCGAGUUGAUGUUCGACCGCCGCGGGAAGAGGUUAUUUCACCUUCUUCCUCCGCCAGGUUCGCGCGCGCCCGCGCCUGCGCGUGUGUUGCUUGCUGAGUGUUCGACGAGUGCGACGCUGGCGUAGUUUAUACGUGACUUACAGAAAUUUCUUCGUUCGUCGGGGGGAAAGAUCUUCGUCGAAAGGGAAGUGAUAUAAAAAAAAAAAAAAAUUAGUGUCGGAUGCGCGACCGGGCGUCCGGGAGUUGAUGUGCCUGUUUGUGUUCGGCGGAAGAGCCAUGGAUAGGGAGCCUCGGAUGGUGGAAGGCGCCCCUCCAGAGCAACAGGGCGGGGAGCGGGUGGUGUGGGAGUACCACCACGUGACCUUGACCCGCGUCCCCGGCUACGGCUUCGGCAUCGCGGUCAGCGGCGGCCGCGACAACCCGCACUUCACCAACGGCGACCCGUCCAUCGCCAUCUCUGACGUGCUGAAGGCCGGACCCGCCGAGGGCAAGCUCCAGGUGAACGACCGCAUCAUCAGCGCGAACGGCGCCUCGCUGGAGAACGCGGAGUACGCGACGGCGGUGCAGGUGCUGCGCGACUCGGGCAACACCGUGGCGCUGGUGGUGCGCCGGCGCGUGGUGCUGCCGGCCUGCCCGGAGCCGCAGACCCUCAAGCUGUCGCUCGCCAAGAGCAAGAAGAAGGACGACUUCGGGCUGGUGCUGGGCUGCAAGAUCUACGUGCGCGAGGUGGCCGGCAAGGCGCUGCAGGACUGCAAGGACCCGGCGGCGGCGCUGCAAGAGGGCGACGUGCUGCUCAAGAUCAACAACCACGCCACCGACGGCAUGACCUUGAAGGAGGCCAAGAAGCUGAUCGACAGCAGCAAGGAGCGCCUGAACCUGGUGGUGCGGCGCGAGCACAGGCCCGCGGCCGCCGCCAGCCAGGAGCAGACGGCGCUUCCCAAGACGGACAGCCACGGGAACUACCUGGACGGCCUGGGCGCGCCCAACUACUCGUCGCAGAACCUCUACGUGCAGCCGCCCACCCGCCACCAGCACUCGCUCGACGACAAGAGCAACCUGCUGCCCCGCGGCCGGUCCCGGGGCCCGCUGCUCGACGUGUCGCUGUCGCAGCUCGACCGGCCGUCCACGCCGGCGGGGCACGGCGCCCACCUGCACCCCCACCACCCCCACCCCCACCACCACGCUCACCACGGCCGGAGCCGCAGCGGGCUGGAGGAGGGCGGCGUUCCCGACGGCCUGGGGCCCCCCCGGCCCCCGCCCCCCAGGCCCGAAGACUACUUCAACAGCAGGCGGCAGCUGUAUGAAGACGACCCUUUAGUGCAGCGUGCGAAACAACCCAUGCCAGAUCCCCGGUUCAUAACUUUCCAAAAAGAAGGAUCCGUGGGCAUCCGGCUGACUGGCGGGAACGAAGUGGGCAUCUUCGUCACAGCCGUCCAGCCCGGCAGCCCUGCGUCCGUUCAGGGCCUGCAACCUGGGGACAAAAUACUCAAGGUGAACGACAUGGACAUGAAAGGCGUGACGAGGGAGGAAGCGGUGUUGUUUCUGCUGAGCCUCAACGACCAGAUAGACCUCAUCGUGCAGCACCGCAAGGACGAGUAUGAGCAGAUAGUCGCUAGUCAGCGAGGGGACUCCUUCCACAUAAAGGCUCACUUCAACUACGACCAGCCAAACAAAGGCGAGAUGAGUUUUCGCAAAGGUGACGUGUUCCACGUGGUGGACACUUUGCACAACGGCGUGGUCGGCUCGUGGCAAGUGUUCAGGAUAGGCCGCAACAACCAGGAGGUGCAGAAGGGCAUCAUCCCCAACAAGUCGCGGGCGGAGGAGCUGGCGACGGCCCAGUUCAACGCCACCAAGAAGGAGAUGAGUGCGUCCGAGAGCAGGGGGAGCUUCUUCCGGCGCCGGAGGGGCAGCCACCGCCGCUCCAAGUCCCUCAGCAGGGACCACUGGGACGACGUGGUGUUCUCGGACAGCAUCAGCAAGUUCCCCGCGUACGAGCGGGUGGUGCUGAAGCACCCGGGCUUCGUGCGGCCCGUGGUGCUGUUCGGGCCCGUGGCGGACAUCGCGCGGGAGAGACUGCUCAAGGACUUCCCCGACAAGUUCACCUCUCCCCAGCUGGACAGCAACUUGGUAGACGUGCCGAAGAGCCAGAAGUCGUCCGGCAUCAUCCGCCUGAGCGCGAUACGGGAGAUCAUGGACCGGGGGAAGCACGCGCUGCUGGACAUCACGCCCAACGCCGUCGACCGGCUGAACUACGCCCAGUUCUACCCCAUCGUGAUCUUCCUGCGGGCGGAGAGCAAGCACGUCAUCAAGGAGCUGCGCGCCGGGCUGUCCAAGGCGGCCCAUAAGAGCAGCAAGAAGCUGCUGGAGCAGUGCGGCAAGCUGGAGAAGGUGUGGAGCCACACGUUCAGUUGCAGCGUGACGCUCACCAGCCCCGACGCGUGGUACCGCAAGGUGCGCGAGCUCAUCGACAAGCACCAGGGCGGGCCCCUCUGGAUGAGCGAGAGCAAGCGCGUGGACUUCUUCUCGGACAUGUACCUCCUGCCCCUGAACCUGGGGCCUUCCCCCGGCCACCUCCCGCACCCCCGGUACCACACUCUCCCGCUGCCCGCCAGCCGCUACGAGGUUCUUGUCGAGCCCCGCCACCUGAACAACAACUACCCCUACCUGCCCGUCAUCACCGAGCAGAACUUUGCUUUUUUUCACGCCGUGUGUGUGUGUCUCUCUCUCUCUCUUUCCCGCCCCCCUGCCCCACCCCAGCCGGACGAGUCUCUCUCGGACGACUUCCUGUUCCCGAUGACCUCGCGCCUCUCCUACGCCUCCUCCCCCGAGUCGGACCUGGAUCUCUCCCCGGAGCCCCGCGCCCCGGCCCCCCCUCCCGCGGGCGGCGCCGGCCGGCUGGUGAAGAGCUCCAGCGACCCCAGCAUCGCCACCCAGGAGGACGCCGGGCCGGGCUACCACGCGCCGCCGCCCUACUCCUCCGCCAGCCACCCCUACAAGCAGAGCUACGAGCCGCACAACGGGCUGUCGCUGCCCUCGGAGCGCCAGCACCAGCACCAGCACUCUCACGGCUACGGCUACGGUUACGGUUACGGACACGGGCCGGGCAAGCGGCACUCGCAGGGUGGCGACGGCAAGUACGGCUUCUCCCCGCCCGCCUCCUCCUCCUCCGCGCUGGACCUCGACUACCCCUCCCCCCCGCACUACCCCUCCUCCCCGCCGCGGCUGGCCAACGGCGGUGGCGGGGGGGGCGCCGCCCCCCGCUCCCCGCUGGCGCACUCCCCUCCCCCCCCGGAGCUGCCCCCGCGGGUGGACCGCGCCAGCAAGCCGUCGCGGGGGCCGUCGGGCCAGUCCGCCGCGGAGCGCCUGCUCGGCAAGGGCGAGGGGGGGACCGGGCGACCCGACGGCUGCCUGGACCCGCCCAACUACAUCAACGCCGGCCUGCACCACCGCGGGCCGGGCGGCUCGUCCCUCGAGAGGCACAACAUGAAGGCCAGCAGCUACGACAGCGUGUCGUCGUACGACUCGUACAACAACCGGCUGGGGCCCAACGCCCACGACGACCUCAAGUGCAACAGCAACGGGAACGGGGGGGCGCCCACGUCGCCGCGGAACCACGACCCCUACAGGUUCACCCGCUCCACGGCGCAGCCCAUCAAGGCCGGCAGCAGCCUGAACCUGGAGAGCAGCAGCAGCGGAGGGGGCAGCUCGGGGAAGCCGUCCAAGCCGCCCGACUACAACAAGUUCAGGCCCGGCGACUACAAGCCCCCGCCUCCCCCCAAGACGGCCGCCUACAAGCCCGUGCCGCCGCCCAAGCCCAAGAACUACCGCCCGCCGCAGCCGGAGGGCGUCGGAGGGGCGCCAGGGCACCAGCCUCCCUGGGGCCGCGGGGAGCCCGCGGGCUACGACCAGGCCUGCCAGCACGCCAAGUCCUACUCCGCAGCGGGCGGCCUCGACGCCGGCAACUUCCCCCCUGCCCACCAGAACGGGGGGGACGACGUGAACGGGGGGUUCGACUCGGGCCACGGCAGCAGCCUGGACCGCAACUACAACCCGUCGCUGCACCGCGGGGGCCAGUGCCACUACGGCGGCGGGGGCGGCGGCGCCCCGGGGGCGGCGCGGGACUGCCGGGAGGCGGCGGGCGGACUGGACCUGGCCAACCGGGAGCAGCGAGGCUCGGCGUUCGAGCUGUACAAGAAGCCGUCGGCGGGGGGCGGCCGAAGCCAGGCCAUGCAGCACUACCUGGAGGCCAGCCUGAGGGGAGGUGAGGGGGGUGGCGCGGUGGUGGCAACAGCUAGGGGGGUGUUCACUCACGAGGGGGGCACCCUCAGCAGCCCCGACACGGGGGUGGCCAUAGUUAUCCCCCCUGGGGCACUGCCCCCUGGCACCUCGCAGGAAAUAUACUUCAAAGUGUGUCACGGCAACAAGAUGCUGCCUCCCUUCGACGACGACGACAAAGGUGAAACGCUGAUGAGCCCUCUGGUGAUGUGCGGGCCCCACGGACUGAAGUUCAGCGUCCCCAUAGAGUUGCGACUCCCCCACUGGGCCAGCUCCGACCCGACGGACUCCCGGGGGUUCUCCAUCAAGCCCGGCGAGGCGGCGGACCGGUCCAUGCUCGAGAACCAUCCGGACUGGCACUGCAUCCCUCUGGAGAACAACAACGCCUUCACCGAGAACAGCGUGUCGGUGCUGAUCGACCAUUUCUGAGCGAGCCCCGAGCCACGGCCCGACGGAACGCGCGGGAAGAGACGUUCGUGACGAGUGCUCGAGUUGCGCGACGCUGUCGUAGUUGUUUUGAACCGUCGGGAAGCGACCUAGUGACUCCUCGCUACACAGAGAAAAAGAUAUUAGUUCGUAUUGUAUAGGUGUUAAAAAAAAAUUUCCACAUGCAGCACACGUCCUUGUGCGUCGGGGGAGACUGAUCCCCUUCUUUAUUCCAAAGCAGCGGUGUUACAGUGAACGUGUGGAUCUCAAGACAAGCUAGAAGUGGCGACCACUCAUGCGACAAGGUGCUAAAAGGUUUGCACAAAUUAAGUUAAAUUAAUUACAAACAGUUUUUUUUAUGUACAGCAUACUCAUUUUUGUUGACGAAAUACUCUUUCAAGUUUUCUGACUCAAAAUUUCACUCUUUUUUUUUACUUUUUAGGUUUGAAAUGCAAUUGUCAGUAUUGUUAAGAUCUUUUUUUUUAUAAAUUGUAUAAAUUAAUAUUAUCUUGUUUAUGCUAAACAGUAAACACUAUUAAGUUUGAGAUGCGCUAAGUAAGUUUUGAAUGUCAAAAGCAUAAAUCUGUUAUUUUUUCUCCAUGUAUCCAGUAUUUUUUAUGGUUUAGUAGUUGAUCACACAAUUAGUGUUAUUAAAAAAUUAAGUUUUGUUGUAUCUCAUUUUGAGUAUUUUUAUUUUGAUCUGUGUGACAUUAUUGACAUAAUUUUGUUAUACUAACUUUGGAAAAAACAAAAGAAUAAUACCAGAAAGAAUUCUACUCAAAUUAUGUAACUACAUGAAUUUUAAGUCACUAACAUUUUUAGUGCUUGCUUGUUACAGUUUAAGUUAUGCAUAACAUAAUUUGGUUUUCCUCUGAAUUAUUUAUUUAAUUUUUAGAUUAAACAUGUCAAUCAUAGGAACCUUGUCUUAACAAAAGCAGUGCUUAAUAUUUGGCAAUAACAUCACAUUCAAGUGCCAGCAAUUUUUUUGGGAAAAUAGUACAUACUUCUUUGGUUUAAUGAAAGAUAAAAAUAUAUAAUAAUUGUUUAAUGUUUAAAAAAAAAUAGUGCUAUCAAAAUUGUGCUUUAGAGCAUUCAAUGCUAAAAUUAUGUGAAAAUUUCAUAGUCUAGACAAAAAAAAUUUAUAAAUUGUUUGUACGUAAAAUUAUUUUUAAGAGAUAUUUCUAUUUCAUAUACAAUAUUGGAAGCUGAUAAUUUUAUUAGUUUGUUGUGGUAGUUUGUUACAACCAAAACAGUUUUUUAAAAGGAAUUUAAAGGAAUGUACCUUGUUCCAAAAGAAAUGUUAGAUGUGCAUAGUGUUUAUUAUGUUAAAUUUGUAAUGUUCUAGUAUAUUAUAUAUGUUGAUCACUACAGGUAACAAUACUGAGAGUUGUGUGGUGUGAAUAUUGUAAUAGGACUGACUGUAAACUGAAUGCAUAUGUUUACCAGUGUACAUGUUGUUGAUACUUUCAACUAUAAUAAUAUGUGUAAUAAACACAAGAUUGUUUCUUCAUUGAC